AUGGCCAACAGGUAUAUUUUCCAAAUCACUCUCCUGCUGUGUUUCUUCACCACAGCUUUUUCCAUGAGCUAUCAAUUGCUUCGAUCUCGACAAAGAAGCAGCAAUUUGGCAUGCCAAAGGAUCCUGAGUGAGCUGAAUGGGAACCUUACUGAAUGCUUACAGCAGAGGAUCAACAGCACCAUCCCAGAGGAGAUUAAACAACCUGAGCUCCUUCAAAAGGAUGAUGUCCUACUAGUUAUCUCUGAGAUGCUUCGGCAGAUCUUCGGGAUCUUCAGCAGAAAUUCUUCUUGUACUGGCUGGAAUAAGAGCAUCAUUGAGAAACUCUUCUUAGAACUCCAACAGCAGAUGGACUAUGUGGAGACCUCACUGGAGGAAAGAAAAAAGGAAAAUGUCACCAGCUAUAAUAGGACCAUUCUGCAUCUAAAGAAAUAUUACUUGAAGCUCCUAAAGUACCUAAAGGCCAAUGGAUAUAGUAAUUGUGCCUGGUUAAUAGUCAAAACGGAAAUCUCCAGGAACUUUGUCUUCCUCAACAGACUUAUCAAUUACCUCCCAAACUGA